AUGGCUCGUCGGCAAGUCAAAAUCGAUGGUGAUAGAGAUUGGCCUGCUCCGGUCACUGGAACUUUUCGGGUUUUAUUCUUACGAUAUGAUAACUGCUCAAACUACCCAGCUCCACACGCCAACGCAAUUAAAUUCUUUGCUACUGAUUGGGGAAUCGAUAUGUUACUUCAGCACCCUAUUUGGAGUAUUGAUGGCACGUUUUAUGCGGCUCCCUUUGGGUUUUCUCAAAUUCUGGUGAUCGGGGUUGAGAUAGAUCAUCUUUUCGUUCCGUGUGCAUAUGCAUUCCUGUCAAGCAAGUUGACACAAACGUAUAGCGACGUCUUUGGUCUGGUCAAACAAUUGGGAUUACCACCACCAACAAAAAUUAAAACAGAUAUGGAGCUGGCUAUUGUCAACGGUUUUAUGGCAGUCUAUGGCAACACAUCAACCAUACAUUUCUGUUGUUUUCAUUUCUUCAAGGCCAUCUUUCGCAAAAUUAAGGAGAAGAAACUACAAGACAUCUAUUGUCCUCUGGUCGUUUCUCAUUGCACAUUGCGCUCCUCUGGUCGUUUCUCACAAAUAAUUGAUUCACCCAUUGGAACC